UUUCUAUAGAUAUUUGAAUUUGAUUUUUAUACAUAUUCUUUGUUAUCAUUAACUAAUCAUCGACACAAUCACCUCCAUAAUUGGUUCAAUUGUAAAUUGUGAUAUCAACUCGUCAUUCUAAUUGUUAUUGUAAUUAGAAUCGUUCCUAUCAAGGAUUAACUGGUUAUCCAUCGACUUCUUGGUUUGAUCCAUACUCGACAAUGGAUGGACUAUUUCGAGGAUUGUCCAAGUUAAUCAAAAUCACGCCAGUGACCAACGACGAUAUCGUCUUUCGACUUCAUCGACAACUCACCGUUUUAAUACUCUUCGCCUUUUCCAUAAUAGUGACCGCUCGUCAGUAUAUCGGUGAUCCAAUUGACUGUUUACCCAAAAGUGAGAUUUCAUCUGACCUACUGGACACUUAUUGUUGGAUCCAUACCACGUUUAGUAUUGAAAGUGCCUGGAAUAAAACGAUCGGAACGGAAGUUCCUUACCCGGGAAUCGAUAAUUCAAGAGGUUCUGAUCGUGUUCACCAUUAUUAUUAUCAAUGGGUUUGUUUUUUCCUCUUCAUUCAAGCUCUUCUUUUUUAUCUUCCUCGAUUCUUAUGGAAAUCGUUUGAAAAUCAUCGUUUAUCCUCCAUCGUUAUGGAUCUUCAUUCACCGAUUUUAUCUCAUGAUGAGAGAUCGAGACAAAUUAAAAUCUUCAUCAAUUAUUUCAUCGCUCAUCUUGGUUACAAUGGGAUUUUCACUUUUCAAUAUUAUUUCUGUCAAAUCCUUUGUUUCGCCAAUGUGGUUGGUCAAUGGAAUGAACCAGAAUGAAUUAAGUCAAACUGAUGAUGAUUUUAU